AUGGCGCCUGUUGCUUUGUCGUUUGUUGUUCGCUUCAGUUCCGAGGUAAGAAAUCUCGCCACAGUGAAUCUUACUUCUGCUGUAUUUAUAAGCUUCAGUUUUUAAUGCUUAAGCUGUAAUAACUUAUUAUUUUAUUAGGAUGCCAUCUUUAAAGCUGAGAAUAUGUGCAAAGGUAAAGCCGACGGCAUGAGCACUUGGAAAAUCGCAAAGGAAGACAUGAAUUGUGGUCGAAUAGAGGCUGAAUUUCAACUGGAAAAGGCUUCCUACAUAAGCCACAUUGAUAUUGGUGUGUAUCAAUAAUUAAUUACGAUAUUUUGGGCUAAAGUUUGCCAUUAUGGUUUGAACAAUAAUACACAACUGCGCUGUUUACAUGCACCAAGGUUGUUUUGUUUGAUUUGACACAAAACAAAGGCUUCUUUGAUAUAUUUAUUUAAGGUCAUAAGAGAUCACUGGAGCCUAAUCGGGGUCUCUCGUUUCUUUGGUGAUCUUUUUGUGGAGGAAUUUCCAGGUUUGCCUGAAACCAUUCGGCAUUCGGCGUGGACUUUGCGAAGCCUAUUCCGGGUUUUAGGCAAAGCCCAAGGCACGGAGCAAGGGGGGUUGUAUCACAACUCUUGAUCUGCCGCGAGGGAACGCCGCGAGGUGCUUAAGAGGUAAAAACAAAAAUUCCUGUCGGGCCAAAACCUGACCAACUGCCCAGAACUUUACCCAAGAAAAACUUUGAGUUAAAGCCAUAAAGGAUAAGAAUCUGGCCAUUGCAUGAGGUUUAUUUGAUCCCUGAAAGAUGGCAUUUUAAACAGAAACACAAAUGUGGUCUAUAAUUAAGGCUUAUAGGCAAAGAUGUUUUAAUAUUGAAUGCCUUCUCUUUUUUUUUGUUCCCUGCUUUUUUUCUUUUGCUUUCUUUAUUUCGCUAUUCUCAGCUCUGACAAAGACCUCAAAUGAGACAAGAUAGUGGUGUUCUUUCCUGAUCACCCUAGGUGAUACUAAAAUCUGUUAUUUAAACCCCCAAGGGAGACAACAAUCAUCUGUGCUCCUUUAACAUGGAUAACCCCCCAACCCUAAGGAUGAUAAACUGUCUUCGCAUGAGUUUCUGUGAACAGUUAAUAUUAAAGUAGAAUCGUGGAAUAAGGUCCACAACUGGUGUUACAAAUUAAUAGACCACUCCUGAGUUCCAAAAAACUCUCAGUUACAAUUAAAUUGAGGCAAAGUGAAAAAUCUUUCUUGUAAAAAUUAGUUAAAUUGUCAUGAGAAUAAAAAUCAUUCUCUUAUCAAUGGCUUUGCACUUAGAAUUGGAGAUUGGAGAAUUCUCCAUUCACUACUACGCAGAAUUCUCUGGUUAACGUUCAGUAGCCUGUGACUGUCUUUAUUCAGAUAUGGAGCCUUUUUCAAAAUAUUCUCUUGUAAGGUUACACCUUUCUCUCAAUACUAGAAUUCUUACCGAAAACCUUUACUUAGCCUUGCUUUGAAACAAAUUCUGUGGGAAACUUGGAAAUGGCCUGUUCAAAUCUUUAUUCCCACAUUCGUUGCAUGCGAGCAGUGAAAUUUAACGUGAUUUUUGAGGACUAUAGUAAACUGUGCCUGUUCAAAAUGCUAGCGUUCAUUGCCUUCAGCUUGUUCAGUAUAUAUAUCUUGGCCAGGUGAUGAUCUCACUUUGUAAUUUGUUAGGUAACUGUGGCUCUGCAUUCAUUGAGAUCCUGGUUGGAAACUCUAUGUGGUCUCAGGACAAGCCUUAUGUGACCUUGCUACCUUCAGCUAUGCUUAUGAGUCCAAAUGAAUGUAAACACUGGAUCAAGACACACACUGUUAGAAUGUUCAAUCAGAGUAUGUAUUUUAAUAUUUUGUCAUCAGCUUUGCAGUUUGUUAUCGAUGAUAAAACAUUAAUAACUGUGAUUUGCGGAAAGCAGCAUGGUCGAGUUGUCAGCAGAAUAGCCUCGUAAUCCAAAUGUCCUAGGUUCAUUUGUCUCACUCUGGCUAGUUGUAUCUCACUAGCUUUGAAUUUACCCGCUCUGUCACACUGUAUUGUGCAAUAUGCAGGAAAAAGAGUUUUUUUAGGUUAUGUAAAUACAAAAAAUGGAACUGAACAAUUUACAACCUAUUAUGCAGGUGCCUUUUCCAAACAAGCCCUAGGAAGUCAGUGGGAUCGAAUAAGAGUUGUCUGCCGUCAACCAUACAGGCAUGAUAAACAAUUUGGACUGUCCUUUUUGAGGAUGGGGUCUGUUCCAGAUGAUCUAGGAACAGAAUCCCCUGAGGGGGCGUCUGGCAUAGCAGUCACACCCACAUCGACAAAGCAGUCUGAUGAAGAAACUGAUGAGGAUGGUGUAAUGAGAUUAAAGAAGGCUUCUGGGUUAAUGGGAUGCCUAAGGUACAAGAAACUUUCACUGACUGUUUAAAUUAGUUCAAAUAUUUACUUUUCAACCAAUAUUUUUCCAAAUGGUCAACCCCACAGUGGGAGACAUGAACUGUUAGUGAUCCUGGCCACUGACAUCUUGGUUUGUUCAGUUUGCAAAACACUGGUCUGUGAGGCUGGAGUUCUUGGAAACAUCAAAAAGUGAUAGAUCAUGCUGGCUGUGAUUAAGUGCCUUAUUUUUGAGCUGUCUCCUUCAUAUUGUUCUUAGCCAAAAGAUUACAAAAGUAACCAACACUGUUGCUUAAAGAAAGCAGGCGUGUAGAGCCUAAUGGUGUGGCAUACCUUUUAUAUUACUUCAUUUUAAAGUGGAAGUAGUAGUGAGAUUGGUGAAAGAAAGGGACUGACGAAAAGUGGCUGUUGCCUUCUUUGUGGUGGUUAAUCUUACUGAAAAUGUGAUCAAGACCUCUGUUGUCUGCUAAUUUUUCAUUUGCUGUGGUUGUGAUAACCUUUAAACAACAUUUUACAGGAGUUUAGAAAAAGACAGCUCACCAGAUGUACCGCUAAAUAGAGCAGGAAAAAUGUUGCAGGCUGCUUUAGAUGGUAGAUCCCCAGGAACACCAAGAAACAACGUAAAGAACAAGAGAUCACUGUCUCACUCAUCUGCAGAGAUUUCCUCCAGUCCUGAAAGUCCUUUCAAGAGAAGAAACUCUCAAUCACCUUGUGAAGGUUUGUUCAUAUUUGCCAGGUGUUUCAUUUAUUUACUGCUGUAUUGUAUGGUAUAGACAAUGGCACCGGGAAAAUAACUGCUUCCAUUGCUUGCAAUUCCUGUAACUGUGAGCCAUGGGACCUGAGGCCAGGUACCCAUCACAUAAGAAAAGAUAUUAGACGAAGGCAAGAAAGGAGACAAUAAAAAGACCUUAAAGCUCCAUAGAAAAUCUGCAGCACUACCCGGCACUUAAAUAUGCUGCUUAUGUGCUUAGUGAGCUAUCAGGUGUCAGCAUUCUGAUACCACAUACACCACAUGUGUACAAUGCACUGUUUUGAACACUUCAUAAGCUUAAUGUUUCAUACUACAGGGGAACCUCGAUAUAAAUGAUAUUUUAGCAUAAAAUAAAGGUUAAUGUUGGCAAGCAAUAACCUGUGAGCCUGCAGAUCACUGCGGUUUUACCCCACGUGGUAUCUCCUUAUUUGACACUGUGUCUUGUAUAUUUUGCGAUAUGCCCUCUCAGUCGGCAACUUUCUUAUUGCUGCAAGUUCAAGCAGUAAAGUUAAUGUCCUAAUGGAAUACUCUGCCCUUCUUUGUCAGUGCGCUGUAACAUUAAUGAACCUCUAUAUAUUGAAGUCCGUGGUAAAACAAAUGGUAUUCCUAGCCCUAGUAAUAGUAAAGGUUAGCAUUGGUACUAAGGUAGUGAUGCCGCUCUAAAUUGGGGAUCCAAAGGUCAGUUGAGGGGAACAGGAUGCCUUCAGCAGGCAGACGGUUUUUGAUCAAUAGGGUUUCAAUUUAGAAGAUCCAUUUUGCAAUAACAUGCGUUAAAUAGCCAUUUUUGUGAAGUGAUUUUACUGCAUGGAAAUUCAUGAUCACUGAGUGAUGGGAAACAACACAGAGACCGGUAUAUACUUUCCACCUUUCAGUAUCGUGCCCAUUUUAUGCAAACCUUAUGCACAGCUACAUCAACAGUUGGCAGUAGCGCAGUUAUAUAAUGAAACCUCCUUAUAGCGAAUACAUUUUGUCAUCCCCGUGACCCUUUGUUAUAUAGACUGAGGACUUCCACUGUAUAUUCACUGUAAAAAGAAAGUUUUUAACCUCCAUGGUGAGGAAAACCAGAAAAUUACUAAAAACAUUAUUUAACUGCUAAAAUUUACUUUCAGGACCAAGUGAUAAGAAGAAGAAAAAGAAGGAGGAAAGAAAAUAUAGCCUUACUGGGGAUGUAAGAUUGUCAUAUUAAUGUUUACUAUUGUUGUCUAAUGCAUUAUUAAUGUGUUGCUUAGCAAUCAUUCAUGACGCAUUUAAUACCUUCUUGUGUAUUGUUUAAUAAAAAUUAUAUCAGAAGUAUGCCUUAAGAAUCUAGAUUUACGAAAUAUUGUUUCAGACAGUUUUAAGAAAUUUGCCUAAAAAUCUUAAAAUAACUAAUUAGAACAGUCAGAUGUCAUCUAGUGCUUGGGACUGUUAAAUGUAAUUUGGAUAGAUUUUUUAAAAGGGAUUUUAAUUUAGUGGUUCCUCUAAAAAUAAUCUCUUUGAGGUACAGUAAGUAAGUGUUUGCUUGUCUUGGUUUAUUGAUGUUUUCAUCCUAGAUUGGUGAGAUCUUGCUGAUUAUUCUAUUUCUUUUUUUUUUUGAUAGAUUCAUGAUGAAGUUGCUUUAUUUCUAGAAGAAAUUGAUUUUACCAGAAUGGACCUUGAAAAAAUUACCUUUAAAGGUGCACAAGUGAAUGUUAUUCAAAUUUGUGUUAUGGUGAAAACUGGCACAUUACAGCUGGUGACAAAGAAAAUCCCCUUGUUCCCCCGUCCAUGAGAAUCUUGCAAAUGUUAAAAGUGUUAUGAGUAAAGAGAUUGAGAACAUCCUACUUUGAACAAGAGCGGAGUAUAUUCUGAUGUACACAACAAUCACGUAAAACCAAUCAUAACAAAAUCAUUAUUAUUUUCUAAGUACUUUCAACAAGUGUUACCCUCUCUAAAAACCACUGUGUGAAAUGCACAGCUAAGCAAGUUCAUAAACAUGAAAAAUAUAAUAGAGGUGCUAUAAUUGAAGAAAAACUGGCAUAAGGAAGUUCUUAUCUUGUGGUGUGGGAUAAACAUAGCAGACUUAAAUGCCCACAUGUCUUUUUAAGUGAUGUUUUUAUCUUAAGUGCUAUAGUGAGUACAUCUUGAGACAAACUACAAAUGAAUUAAUAAAGGCCUAAUAUUUAAUAAACCCUGCUCAUUUUAUUUGUCUAAGUCACGUGAGUGUUCUUAUUUUCACAGAUUUAAGGAGCCAAAUGGAAUCGCAGAGGGGAUGUGCCCUUACUAAGCUGGAGAAAAAAGUAUUUCUUGAGGUACAAGUCAGUCCUUUGGUGGUGUUGUGUUUAACAUGAAUGGGCCCUAAAAGGGCUUUAGUGACCAAAAACAAACCUCUCCCUUUACAUGCUUGUGUUUUAAUAUUGGUUCUUUCUGUUUUGGUUUUUUUUUUUGCUUUAGAUGGCUAAGGCUGAAAUUGAGAAAUUAACACCAGCAGAAGAAGAUCUAGAAGUAGGAGCCAUCCUCCAAUACUAUCAGAUUGUUGUUAUGUCUUGAAAAUUAUUAUUAUACUAGAAAGAAUUUUCCUGGAAAAUUCUUAGAUCCAAGUGUUAGUGUAAGUUGUAAGUUGUUAGAUGUAAAAUAAAUACAUUGGAUCAAAUUAUAUUCUUUGUAAUGUUUAAGUUGUAGUACUUAACUACGUUUGCUUCUCUAUGCGUAUUUGAAGGUUGAUGUUGUCAAACUGUCCAGAAGUGAUCCUCAAGACAGCCCAACUUUGAACAAGAAAGUCACCAAAGAAACAAAUGAAAAAAAGAAAUGUCCUAAUCAAAGGUCUGUUGUAACAGUAGUGUGAAUUGUAUCUCAAAUAAACUUUUCAAUGCCAUGAAAGUUUAAAUGUUUACCAUGAUACAGCACAUCAAUAGCUACAAUUAGCAGGUAACCACACAAGUCACCAAUAGUAGUCUCACACAUUACUUGUUACUUACUAAAAUUGAUGUAAUGUUUGAUUAGAACAAGAAAAAUUUAAGUCAGUCUUUGUACUAUCCAUGUUUGAACUAACCGCUCAUUGUAAAAAUAUUUCCACUUUCUGAUGCAUUGAAUUUUGAAAUUAAUCAACCAUUUUUCAACUGCAGAAAAAGAACCAUCCUAAAAGAAGGAGUCAGAAAAAAGCCACUUUCAACACAGUCUUCUCCUUCAACAGUCCCAGCACAUGAGAUCAAGGGCCAGUAUAUUGCAAAACCUCCUGAGUUAAUUCCUCUUGAUGAUGUACAAGAUGCUGAUUUCCCUGUUAGCUCAACAAGAGUUCUUGUGGAAGAUGAUGAUGAUUUCCCGUCUAUGUUGUACUCAAGUUUCGAAGGCAAGCAGCCUGAGAAGGAAAAGCCCUUCUAUACUGAAGAGUUCCAGUUAUCACCUGUCAAGGAUAAAGCAUCAACUUCCUUUGUGGAAUGCCCACUAUGCAACAGACUCUUUCCAGCAAAAGAGGUUGAAUUCCAUGCUUCCUUUUGCAUUGGUGCCUCAGAUGCUGCACCCAGAGUUACAGAGCCUGAGGUUGAGUUAUUGCCAUGUCCAAUUUGCUCAAAUCUAUUUCCAGUGACUCAGAUAGAACAACAUGCAGAUGAAUGCAUUGAGGCCAGUACAACAGAAGGUAGUAAUAGCAUUCAUAGAGAGGCUUUGGCUAUUUGA